UAAGCCUCAGUUCUCUCCUCUUAGUAGGUACGGAGUAGUCAAGUGGCAUAGUGACGUGGCUGUAUUCAUGUAUUAAAAAGAUCAUGAUCAUUGGAGAAAGUCAAACAGAAGCUAACGAGUGAGCAAAUGGUGAUGAGCCUUCGGGUGUCGGAGCUGCAGGUGUUGCUGGGCUACGCUGGGCGCAACAAGCACGGACGCAAGCACGAGCUGCUGACCAAGGCGUUGCAUCUGCUGAAGGCCGGCUGCAGCCCUGCCGUGCACAUGAAGAUCAAAGAGCUCUACCGACGACGCUUCCCUGCCAAAAUGGUAUCCCACUCAGAGCUGGCCAUGCCUGGGCCACACCACCCAGCCACAGCUGGAAUGGUUGGAGGAGGGGGCGCUGCACUGCCCGCUGGCCUGACGCAGCUGGCGUAUGAGGGUCAUGCUGGACACGGUGGAGCCCCAUCGCCCGCUGCCUUACUGCCCCUCUCGCUGCUCGGCCCUGGGAAACACGAGUUGACCGGGCUGACGCACCACCUAUCCACCUCGGCCACGCUGCACCCGGUCCACCCAGAUGUCAAGCUCCAGAGGCUGCCCUUCUACGACAUGUUGGACGAGCUCAUCAAGCCAACCAGUCUAGCAUCAGACAACAGCCAGCGAUUUCAGGAGACGUGUUUCGCCUUUGCAUUAACGCCGCAGCAAGUCCAGCAGAUCAGCAGUUCAAUGGACAUCUCGGGGACCAAAUGUGACUUCUCAGUUCAAGUUCAGUUGCGGUUUUGCCUGUCGGAGACGAGCUGUCCUCAGGAAGACCAUUUCCCACCCAAUCUGUGUGUGAAAGUCAACGGGAAGCCAUGCAACCUGCCGGGUUAUCUUCCUCCAACCAAAAACGGCGUAGAGCCCAAGCGGCCCAGCCGGCCCAUCAACAUUACCUCACUGGUCAGAUUGUCCACCACAGUCCCCAAUACCAUCGUGGUGUCGUGGACCGCAGAGAUUGGAAGGAGUUACUCCAUGGCCGUGUACUUGGUGAAGCAGCAGUCAUCCACAGUGCUGUUACAGAGACUACGGGCAAAAGGCAUCAGAAACCCAGACCACUCCAGAGCACUCAUCAAAGAGAAGCUAACAGCAGACCCGGACAGUGAAAUAGCCACAACCAGCCUUCGAGUGUCGCUGCUCUGCCCGCUGGGGAAGAUGCGGCUGAUGAUCCCAUGCCGGGCGCUGACAUGCUCCCACCUGCAGUGCUUUGACGCCACACUCUACAUCCAGAUGAACGAGAAGAAGCCCACCUGGGUGUGUCCUGUCUGUGACAAGAAGGCCCCCUAUGAACACCUCAUCAUUGACGGGCUUUUCGUGGAGAUCCUCAACAGCUGCAUGGACUGCGAUGAGAUCCAGUUCAAGGAGGAUGGCAGCUGGGCCCCGAUGAGGUCUAAGAAGGAAGUGCAGGAGGUCUCCUCUGCUUCCUAUAACAACGGGCUGGAUGGUUCAUGUCGGACGUCUGCAGGCUCAGACCAGCGGAGCUCCUCGUCAUCCAGCCACGGCGGCAGCGACAGCAGCAACAGCAAGAAAGUGGAGGUGAUCGACUUGACGCUGGACAGCUCCUCAGACGACGAAGGACAGGACUCGCCGCCUCCGCCGGCACCGCCACUGCCUCCUCCACCCAAAAGAGCGUGUCCCUCUAUGUCCCCGACCUCGCCGCCCGUCAUCAACAAAGGAGUGUUGAACCUGCACCACCAGGCCUCUCCUGUGAGCCGUACUCCCAGCAUGCCAGCCGUGGACACCAGCUACAUCCCUCCUGUCCCCCCACUCAUCCAGGACUAUAGACCCUACUACCACACCCCCAGCGACCUGUCAGAGUUGAACUUCUUCUCUUUAUUUCAAGGCGACAAUCAUCAGCAUUACAACAUGGUAAUGGCAGCAGCGGCCGCCGCUUCAGCCUCAGACGACCACGAGCUGCUCCUCAACCGCUUCCUGCCCUACAGCACCUCCUCCUCCUCUUCCUCCCAGCUGUUCCUCGACCAAUCCGGAGCCUCCUCGGCCACUUCGCUGACCGUGCCGACCAACGGGGCGAGCAACUCGGGCAGCACCAGCAGCCUGGUCUCGUCCGGCAGCCUCCGUGACACUCACUCCACACACUCGUCGUCACACUCGGGCUCACACUCCUCUCUCGCGCACCCCGGGGUGGUGGCCAGCCGGAGCAGCACUGAAGCAGCAGUGGCAGCUAUUUACGGCGGGAUACCUGACGUUAUAUCGUUGGACUGACUCAAGAAGAGUCGAGACUACACUUUGGGUCCAGCUGCGAUCCAGUAACAAACUCUUUGACUGCAGGGUUUUAAGUCUUGUUCCAGAAACUAGAUUGGCCCCAAGUCAUCAAACUCAGAACGGUUGUGGAGUCAUAAAGACAGGACUGCCUCAAGAAGAGCACUAAUAGUAUGACAAUUCCCUUCACUAGACUGACCUGAGAACAGUACUGAGUCAUCACUUAAAGGGGGUCAGCUGUGGACAUUGUGUUGGUAUACUGACUUCAGAUAAGAAACCUGUCCAGCAUGUGAACCCACGUUACUACUAUACUGGUACCAACCCGGCACAAACAGUAAAGACGCUACCUGAGCAAAAACACAAAGGAGGAAGGCUCUUUUUUACAAAAACAAGGAGUGGCACCGUGUACAGAGAACAAAAUCUAUUUUCCUCUUUUACUUUUGUAUGUUAAAUCGGGACAUUUUCAGUCUAGUGAGCUGCUUCAAUCGCUGUUUUUAAUUGGACGACUGGAGGUUCUUUUGAGGGUUUUUUUUUUUUCUCACAA